AAAGGAAAAGCUUUUAGAUACAAACAGUGCAGUAAAGACGAGUCACUAUUCCCCCCUCCCUUUUCAAAGAAAUUAGGGCUUUUUUGGGAUCGAAUUCGCGACAAAUAGGCUCAUUAUUCUUCCGACAACAGUCCAGAUUGUUCUCUCCGAGUUUCAAAACAAGGUGUGCUAGCUAACGCUAAAGACGAGGAACAAAGCCGACUCUAAAUAUGUUUUAGAGAGGUGUUUAAGAUUUUGAAUUGGAGAGACUUCAGACAAAAAGCUGUUGUGAGCUUUUCAGAUGGGUUCGCUCUGUUGUGUGGCUGCGAAAUCAGACAGAUCAUACUCUGCAAGUCCUGACUUUUCCUUUGGCCCUCACGAGCCUUAUUGGAGGACUAACUCAAGUUUCUCUCCACCUUCUUCCAGAUGGGAUCUCCGUGGCGGCUUAACCACCGAUGGUGUUAGCUUCUAUGGAUCUUCCACUUCCUCUAACCCUAACUUUCUUCUUCGUAGUCCCGACCUCUCACAGAGUCUUCACUGGACACCCAGCGACUUUGAAUCUGCAACAACAAGAAUAGGUUCCCCACAUUCUCAUAAUCAACUACCAGGUGAUAUUGGUGACUCUGAACCUAACCGGAAGCGGUUUUCCCUGUCCAAGCCGGUUCAUCCUAUACACCAUCAUCCUUCUGAUAACGCUAGAGAAACAACGUCUGACUCUGCGGAUGCCUGCAGCUGGAGCAGCGGGACAACUAACAGCGUUGACUCCGUUGAUGUUCCAGAGCCAGUUCUUGAGUGGGACAAUAACUCUUCCAGAUCACAACAAGUGGCCUCAAGUACAUUUAAAUGCGGAUUGUGUAACAGAUACAUCUCACAGAAGUCUCCUUGGGGGUCACGGUCCAUCAUGAGAAACAGAGACAUGCCUGUCACAGGAGUGCUUCCAUGUCAACACGUCUUUCACGCUGAAUGUCUUGACCAAUCUACUCCAAAGACUCACGGCAAUGACCCACCUUGUCCAGUAUGCACCAAACAGGAAGGAGAACAAUCCAACAGAUCACAUAACUUUGUCCAGAGGCUUAAACCGCUUUGUGAAGAUGGGGUAGCUACAAGACAGUGGGGCUGUGCUCAGGUCGGUGACUGUGUUGAAAGUGCUGUUAACGUGCCACCGAGAAAUACCAUUUUAAUGAUAAACAAGAACAGGAUGAGGAAGAACCUCUCCUUGAGAGGAAACUCAAGCAAAGAUUCUCCAAGAAAAAUCAAGAAAAGUAACUCAUUUGCUAUGGAAAAUCAAGUGUCACUUGUGCAUUCGAAAGGGAAAGAGAAAGCUUAUUGGUAAGCUGGAAACACAAAGGAGAGAGAUCAAUGGUUGGAAGAUCCUAAAAGACUGUAAAGUAUUCAUUUUGGAAGAUGUGUAAGCAAAUUUGUUUAGAGCUUUGAUUGUUAUCUAUCAUGUAAGCAGUUACCUUGCUGGCAAGUUGCCAACCCAUCUUAACCGGUUCAUUAUCCAAUCA